AUUAUGACAGAGAGAACUUCACGUGAGCAAAGCAUUACAAUUCAAGUUAUGCGUCUUGCAAAACCAAUCCCCAGUCAACCAAUUUCAGCAUUUUGUGGUCCUUCUGAUGUAGAUUUUUUAAAUUCUGGUAAUCAAUUAAUCGAUCUUCCAUCAGGCCAAUACCCAAUAGUUCCACAUGUGACGAGUUAUCUAAAUUUAUUUUAA